GUACGAAGUACUACCGAGUUACAUUGAACGAAGCUGGAAGCACACCUCUCGUGGCGGCAACCGGCAUUGACGAUGGCGACACUCGCUUCAUUGCCUAACGAGCUGCUCUAUAUCAUCUGCAAUUAUUUGUACCCGCCCAAUCACUGUUGGGAAGAUGAAGACGACGACAUCGACUUCGACCACGCAUGGUCCUUAUUGGAUUUACACUCCUUAAGUUCCGUGAACCAUCGCUUCCUGACCGUGAUUGAGCCGAUUUUAUACGCCAAGGGCCUCGGGCACCAUUUUGCAACCCCGCUUGCCUGGGCAGCCAAGCGUGGAUAUGCAGGAACGCUGCACAAGGCCCUGGCCGCCGGCGCAUCGCCAGACCGCAAACUGCGAUGCCAGAUGACACGCGAAUACUGGCAUUUCAUCAACGAUACUCGUCAGGCUGCCCGGGACUGGGCCGCCGGGGACCCCAAGUAUUGGCCAGCCUAUUCUGAGCAGCGGGUCGCGGUUUUUGAGGACAACGAAGAGUGCUGGGCAAGAGACAUGUCGCCAGGCCUGACCGACUAUGAUGUCCGCAAUCCUGCUCAUGAUCGUCUGUACAUUCGCCAAACAGGUGGCAACGUUAGCCCAGAUGAUAGCAACGCCUCUCACGCGGAAAGCCCCUCCCAUGACCGCCCUCCCGAGUUGUACGAAUCGGACGACGAGCUGCUUCGCGAGUACACCGCCCUGCACAUUGCCGCCGGGGAGGGACACACCGACCUCGUUAACCUCUUGCUGGCUAACGGCGCCUCAGUCGACAGCUCCUCGCGCUGGUUCUGCCCUUGUCGCCCGCUCCGUGGCUUGUGGCAGACCCUACUGGAUCCGCCAAAUCCUUACCACGUCCCUGAGCCGGUCGACUGGCCGCCCCUCCAUGCCGCCAUAUGUUCUUCACGCAUCGAGACCGCUAAAACUCUCCUCUCGGCCGGUAUAAAAGGUGGUAAGCGUUACCUCAACGGGCCCGCAGGCUACGGAGCCCUUCAUCAAGCCGCAGCCGCAGGUCAUGCCGAUUUAGUCGGCUAUAUCCUGGACAUUCACCCAGAACUCGACGUCGACGCCCCCGAUGAUCUCGGCCUGACUCCCUUCUACCACGCCUACACCAACGCCCGUUGGGACUCCACCGUGCCUCUCCUGCUGGCGCGGGGGGCAAACAUCAAUUCGCGCUUCCGCAUCAUUGGCGAUGACCGCCGUGAACACGUCCUCUGCCAUUCGACUCCCCUCGGUGAAGCUUGCCGGCUCGGCCGAUUCGAGGACGCUGUGAAACUGCUUGACCUCGGGGCCGAUGUCAACUUAGGCAUUCGGCUCGAAGGUGAUCCCGCCGAUUGCAUCCCCCUCUUGCACCUUUGUUGUAUGGACUUCAGCGGGGACGAUGAGUUUUUCCCCGAAAACGAGGUGAUUUGGAGUCGGGCCCCGGCCCAGAGGGCGUCUCGAGCAGCAGUCAUUGCGAGAAUUGUCGCCUCUGGAAUCUCGCCGGACGGAAGGUUUGCUUUCGAUAGCCUCCCUGAUGAAACCGCCCUCUCGGUAGCCGUGAGGUACGUUAACCUCGCCGCCGUGGAGGCCCUACUCGCCGCCGGCGCAGAUGUUGGAGCCCGGGAUUCGCGAGGGAGGAACGCGCUGAUGGUAUCCGUCGAGAGGCCGACGAGCAAUUCUUCUUCCCAAUUCAGCUUCGGCUACUUGGGGCGGAGGCCACAGCGGUCUUCUCUUGAGCCGUUAUGUCUGGGCUCGCCUCAGACGGUGCAUCCCGACACAUGGAUUAUCACCAAGCUCCUCAUCGAAGCCGGCACCAACCUGGCUGAUGGCGAUGAAGAUGGUAACACCGUCCUACACCAUCUCUUCGACCGUCUCUACGGCACCGAUAGCUGGAUCGAAACGCGCUCCGAUAUACGUGCUCUCCAGCUCUUGCUUGCUCGAGGUGCCGACCUUUGCUUGCGCAAUAACCGAGGCGUCUCCGCCUUGCAUGUCGCCGUUCGGAAUAGACGUCUGUGGGCUGUCGAGACCAUAGCAAAACAAAGCCGCAUUGACCUCGUCGAAGCCUUUCCCAUGCCGGAGAUUGGUACCCUUUUCGACGCAGUGCCCCUCGAAGAUCAUAUCAGGAAAGAGAGGCGCGACCCCAACUUGGGGCAUGUUAGCGAUCUUUGGCGGGUCGACAAUCCAACCGUGCAGCUCCUCGACGCACUCGUCAACAUGGAUCGUUCGGGCCGCCUAUCGUCCGACGUCGCCUUCAUCUGCUCCCGGCUGCACAACCGCUACAACGAGGAGCCCGCGCUGGAACUUGCCGAGAUCCUUUGUUUUCGGGGUCUCGAGGCGGGCAGCCUCGAUGGCGAAGCCAAGCUGACGAUACUACGUGCCGCCAUCAAGGUCGCCCGGUGGGAGAUGGCCCGCGCCCUUCUACGAGAAAUUCCCAAGACGGACAUCAACGCGCCUGACCCCGACGGCCACACCCUCCUCUCGCUCGUGACGUCGUCCAACCGGACGAGCGGUGGAGACUUUGCCUGGCAGCUCAUUGAGGCCGGCGCCGACAUCCACGCCCGCGUCCGCGCCACCCUGAUUCGUGACCAGGACAGGACACCCUUAAAACAAGCCUUCAUGCGCCCCGGGACGUACCCGAUUGCCCGCAUGCUACAGAAGCAGCCGAUCCGGGGCAACCCGCGUGCCAUCGAGGAGCGCUAUCUGCACUGGGCCGUGACCCUGCCGUGGAACACGUCGCUGCCGUCCGAAUGCUCCAGGUCGGUUUGGGUCAAAAGGGACAACAUCAUCCGCGCCCUCCUCGUCGCCGGCGCCGAUCCCGCCCAGCUCGACAGCAACGACGACACGCCGCUGUCGCGGGCCGCGACACAGAUGAGAGACGAUGGAGAUGUUCAGUGGGAUAUGAGCUAUUGGGUCAAGCCCCUGUCUAGAGGCGUCGACGUGCACCGGAAGAACAAACAGGGUCGGAGUGUGGUUGACUACCUCGGCGACCCAGAAGAUUACUGGGAAUACCCCGACAUUGAACGGAUCCGUGACCUUCUGGUGGAAAAUGGGGAGACUGACAACAUGGAGAUGUGAUGGUCACAACGAGAGCGGUCGUCAAGCUUAGUGGCGCAAGCCCGACCGAGUUACAUGUGCGCCUAUGCUCGGGCGGAUAUUGCAUCCUCGCGCGGGGUGAGCCGAGCACAUCAUUAGGGACCAGGAAUGGGGACGGGGCGUAAU